AUGCCAAGAUUUACGGAAAAGGAACAAGUUCUGAUACUUAAAGUACUUAAAUAUUUUGAAUUAGAAAAAGAAGCUGGGCAAACCUUAUUACCACUUUCUGCUGUUCGAGAACGUGUUGCUGAGGCGUUAGGAAUUUCUUUGCCAACAAUAAGACGAUUGGCAAAUGAAGGUGUCCAAAAAGAUUCUGAUUAUUCAAUCACAAUGAGCGAAUCAGUAGCCACGAGUCGUAAACCGACAUUAUUAAUAAAUAAAUACGAACAUGCCAUCAGAAUGUGUGUAUACAGAAUGUUUAGUAAAGGUGAGCAUGUGACUCUUCAUACCUUGAAGCAAAAACUAGAGGAAGUGGAUGGAAUUAAUAUCUCUAUUGCUACACUUAGCAGAGUUUUAAAGGAAUUAAAAUUUAGAUGGGUAAAUUGUAGUGUUGCUAAUAGAAAAUAUUUAAUGGAACAACCACAUGUGACUUUAAAAAGACUUCAGUUCUUAAAAGCCUAUAAGGACAAUGAAACCAAUGUAUACCCUUUAAAACCAGUGUUCUUGGAUGAGACCUGGAUAUUCAGCAAAGGAGGAUUCCGCAAGAGCUGGCAAGAUGGCACUGUUAAUGCAGUCAGGAAGAAGAAUGGAGAAGGUGUACGAUACAUUAUUCUUAAUGCAGGUUCUGAAAAUGGAUUCAUAGAUAACUGUGAAUUGAUUUUCAAAAGUGGAAGUAAAUCUGGUGACUACCAUGAUUCAAUGAAUUCUGAGAAUUUUGAAAAAUGGUUUGAGCAUCAGCUUUUACCAAAUUUAGAAGAACCGUCAUUAAUUAUAAUGGAUAAUGCACCAUACCAUUCAGCUUUAUUGGAAAAAAUACCAAAUGCUAGUUGGGCAAAACAUUCUUUAUUAGAAUGGUUGAAAAACCGACAUAUUAAUUGUUCAAUGACUAUGAUGAAAUUUGAGUUGAUGGAUAUUGUGAAGAAGCAUCUACCAGAAAAAAUAUUUAAAUUGGAUAGACUGGCCCUUCAAUAUGGCCAUCGUGUAUUGAGACUGCCUCCAUAUCAUUGUCAAUUCAAUCCAAUAGAGAAUGUUUGGUCUGACUGCAAAAGGUAUUAUGAUGCCAAUAUAACUUCUGCUGGCGUUACAAAUGAAGCCACAGUAUUAAAUGUGUGGAAAAAAUCUUUACAACAGGUCACACCAGAAAAAUGGAGGAAAUAUGUUAGGCAUGCAGAAAGCCUCAUUAAUGAAUAUUGGGAGACAGCCAAAAUAAUCGACACAAACCACAUAUCUCCUAUAGUCAUUGAUUUAAAUGAAUGGGAUUGUGCUUCUUCAGAUGAUGACUUUGUGGAAAUGCCAGAACUAAACUGA